AUGGAUUCACCGAGACUCUGGCUUGCCCUCAUUGGACUAGUCAUCUACCCCAUUGCCAUUGGCAUUUACCGGCUCUAUUCCCAUCCAUUGAGGAAGAUCCCGGGUCCUAAGUUAGCAGCAGUCACCCACCUGUAUGAGUGGUACUAUGACUUAUGCUUGGGAGGGAGGUACCUCUUCGAGAUCGAGCGAAUGCACGAGAGAUACGGGCCCAUCGUGCGCAUCAACCCUCGCGAGGUCCACAUCAGUGACCCGCACUAUUACGACGAGAUCUACGCAUCGGGCACCCAGAGGCGCAAUAAGGAUGCAAAAUAUGUUUCAUUCACUGGCAUGCCCCUCUCCACCGCCUCGACAGUAGACCACGGCCUCCACCGCUAUCGUCGGGGCCUCGUAAAUAGCUUUUUCUCGAAGAAGUCGAUCCGUGUGCUAUCCCGCCUGGUCGAAGAGAAGGUCCACAAGCUUAUGCAGCGCUUCGAAGCCUUCCACCGGGAUAACGAAGUAGUCCGGGUCGAUGAUGCUUUCGCAGCUAUGACCUCUGAUGUCAUUACGCAUUACUGCUAUGGUAAAAGUUGGGGCUAUCUCGAGGACGCGAAUCUGCGCACAGAUGUUCGCAAGGCCGUUCAUGAUCUCAGCUGUAGUGUCCAUUUCAAUCGCAUUUUCCCGAUCUUCAUUGCCAUGCUCACAAAGCUACCCCUUCGGUUGUUGCGUGCGAUCCAUCCCGGAAGAUCGGUUGUACUAGAUAUACAGAAGGCGAUAUAUGAGCAGUCAGCUGAGGCAUUUCAUGGGGAUAAAUAUAGCCUCGGCCAUGAUGAUAUGGAUGGCAAACAUAAAACCAUCUACGACCAGCUGACUGAUCCCAGUAUUCCGCCUGAAGAACGGUCGCUACAGCGUCUGCAGGAUGAAGGCCUUCUGCUCAUCAGUGCUGGCACAGAGACUACGGCCAGAGCAUUGACCGCUACCUGUUUCCACAUCGCAUCGGAUGAGCAGAUGCGCACUCGAUUGAGAGAGGAGCUGAGGACCGUCCUGCCGAGCCCUACCAGCCCCGUUACCUGGUCCGAGUUAGAAAGGUUACCAUAUUUAACCGGCACCGUUAACGAAUCCCUCCGUCUCGGCGGCUUCCUUACAUCCAGAUCCCCCCGCAUCGCACCAGACCAAACCCUAACCUACAAAGAAUACACCAUCCCACCAGGAACGCCAGUCAGCUCCUCAAGCUACAUCGGCCACAAAGACCCAAGCAUCUUUCCCGGGCCGGAGAAGUUCUCUCCCGAGCGAUGGAUCUCCGCCGGCCGAAACAACGAGCAUCUUUUCAAAUACAUUACAUCCUUCUCCCGUGGCAGUCGGGUAUGUGUCGGCAUGAAUCUUGCAUUCCUCGAACUUUACAUGGCUCUUGCGUAUUAUGUACGGCGGUUUGAUAUUGAGUUGGUCAAUACGACUGUGGAGGAUAUGAGGAUUGUACGGGAUAUGGGGGUCGGGUUUACGCAUAGGGGUGAGCCGAGUGUUUACGCUAGGAUUGUGAAGGUGUAUGAGGAUUGA